AUGAAGGCUUUCACUCUCUGGGCUGGUAUAUUCGGCCUGGCAGCCGCCGGUAAUCCCCUUACAGUGCAGACCGAAACCGGAGUCUUUACUGGUCUCCAGAAUGCCGAUUACAGCGGUGUCCGGGAAUUCCGCAAUAUUCCAUUCGCACGACCUCCGGUAGGCGAGUUGCGUUUCAUGCCUCCGCAGCGGUUGCCGAAGUCGACUAAACACUACUUCUCGACGCGCUUUCCUCCGCCGUGUCCGCAAUUCGUAUCGAACAAACCUUCUUUCUUCAAUCUGUUCACUCCAUUCCUCGAGGCCAAUAAUGGCAACCAGAACCAUUCUACGGGUUUCAGCCUGCAGACCGGGUCCGAGGACUGCCUCAGCCUAGCUAUCUGGACUCCGUACGGUGUCUCACCCAACACAAAAUUGCCUGUUAUAUUCUUCAUGACUGGUGGCGGCUUCAACACCGGUGGCAUUGAUGAGCCGGGCCAAAUCCCAGCACCAUGGGUAAACCGCACGCAGGAGCACAUUGUUGUGACAAUUAAUUACCGCGUCAACAUCUUCGGCUAUCCCAACGCAGCGGGUCUCGAAAAUCCCAACCCAGCUCUUUUGGAUCAGCGUAUGGCGCUUGAAUGGGUACACGAAAACAUUGGCAACUUCGGCGGGAAACCCCGAAGCCAUUACCAUGUGGGGACAAUCUGCCGUUUUUCGCAGUCAGGAACAGCGGUCAAAUCAAUGACCUCGACCGACUUCGCCCAGUCGAACUUCACCUUCGUGGCCAAGAACCUAGGCUGUGACUUCCCCAAUGACUCGACCGCAGAACUGCGAUGCAUGCAGCAAGUUUCAAUGAACCAAAUAGAGAAUUUCAUUGGCCAGUACAGUGGAAGCCAGAGCUUGACAUUUGGCCCCAUCGUUGACAAUGUCUACCUGUUCUCCGACUACCAAGCUCGUGCAGCAGCAGGGAAGAUCUCACCACGGCCUGCCAUCUUUUCCGACGCGGCCAACAAUAACGCAAACUUAGUGACCUGGCCAUCUUCAAACGUUUCCGCAGGCCCCUAUCAGCCCGCUGUGGACGCAGGAACCCUGAAAGACUGGGUCUGCCCAACAGCCAAUACAAGUCUCAUCCGAGCAGCCGCAAACCUGACCACAUACCGGUACCAAUACGCCGGCCAAUGGGCGAACCAGAAUCCCUACAAAUGGCUUGGAGCAUACCAUUCAUCGGAUCUAGUGAUGAACUUUAGAACGUACUACUACAACGUGACGAAUGCCACCGUUGGGCCUUCCAAGGCAGAGGCCAAGACCAGUCAAGUGAUGCAGGAUCAUAUCUUGGCUUUCAUGAAAGAUCCCCUGAACGGCCCGCCUGCUAUUGGAUGGAACCCUUAUCAUUACGGGGGUAAUGUAUUGAGGUUUGGAGCUGAGGGCAUACCGAUGAAGAAUGUUAGUGGGUAUGAGAUCGAUGGGCCUUGCUUUGGAAAUGGGACUUAUAAUCCAUUCCCGUGA